CACACCGCCCAUUUGUGACCGCCCGCAAGGCUGAUCGGCACCGCCGGACCCUCCGGAGAGCGGGACGUCUCCCGCUGGUCUGGCCUCCUCGCCGUACUGCACCACCUCCGUCGCACCGGAUGUUGCCGUCCUCGCGCCGAGAGAAUGUCCCGCCGCCGUCAUUUGCUCCCGCCAUUGCCACCUCUGCAGCUCCCCUAUGAACGACCCACUACGCACCUCUGCACUCCACGCGCGCACUCCGACUUCGAAAGCCAGCCGCGAUGCGACCUCGCGAGCACGCCCGCACAACAUCCCGCUCGACCGCGCCGUUCGAGAUUGCCGCACCCCACCUACCAUGCUGCACUGGCUACGAGCCGGACUCGCGUCCUCCGAGUCGCAUUGGUGCAGAGGCCUAUCGACAUCCUUGUUCAAUGGAGCUCCGUCGGGGAUCGAGAAGGCUGCAUCUCGCCGCUGCAACUCCGUCAAACGAGGCCGGUGGCCGCCCAUAGCGCGACGGGCAUCCGACAGGCAAGCAGCCUGCGUUGCGAGCGACGAUUCAUCGCCUACCGCUGGCUGCUGCGAAGGCCGCGCGCGAGAAAUUGGUGUAGCGAACUGGAAUCACGCUGUCAGCACGUUCGCACGCGAUGGGCGACGUCUCGUGUACCACCGUGGUACCAACAGACGGGUGGCUGCUGCUUCACAAAGUCCGCACGCGCGCUCGACAUCCGCAUGCGCCUUGAUGUCCGCAUGCCCCUCGACAUCCUCGCACCCAUCGACGGCCGUGUGCCCGCUCGACGUCCGCACGGCCAUCGUCGUCCACACACCCUCACCGCACGGGAGACCUCCGUGCACCUAUUCCGCGCGCAUGUCAGUUUUGACGCACACCGUCGUACAAGACGUGCCUACGCAUGCCGCCGCGCCCUCCUCGUGACCGCUUUGCGCACGCCGCCAGAGGACACGCACACGACAUCGCGACGCCUCGGCGCAGGUGUCUUCAUGCCGGCUUCCGCGAUGCCGGCGGCCCUGCGCUGCGGUACAGAGUGGACACGCGAAAUGGGAGCUCUGCGAGUCGAGGGCGCGGGCAAGCGACGAUACCGUCGAAGGUCGCUCGCGGGCGGCGAGAGCGCGCGGGCGAGAACGAGGAGGCUGGGGGAGACACUGCGGGACGGCGCGCGACGUUUGCCGACCCGGUACGGCGGUGGACGUACAAGAUGGGCCAGGUAUGACCACCGGUUGGAGAGGGCGGUCGGCGCCUAUGCACGACAUCGGUCUUGCGGGCCGCGGUGGGCUGCGUUCCUUCGUUCGAAGUCGAGCGCGGGUACGAGAGCGGCGAUGAGGUGGGGCGAGACGAGCAGGGCGUGAGAGGACAGAGAGGGGGCGGAUACAGCCGGUCUCGUAGGCGGAUCGAGAUGCAAGGAGUCGUCGGCAGAGCAAGAGAAGCGCGGAGAGUAGCCGCCAGAGCACAAGCGAGCGAAGGGCGGCGCGGGACAGCGCAGAGACGGCGUGGGCAAGGCGGAGCAGGGAGAUGGUAGAUACAUGGCGAGCGAGCACGUGU